AUGAAGUCAUUGAUUUGGGCACUGCCUUUUAUUCCGCUGGCAUAUGGCAAUACCAACUCCUCGUCAUGUCGUUGCCAACCGCACCAGAGCUGCUGGCCCUCUGAACAAGAAUGGAACUCUCUCAACAGUACCAUCAACGGAAACCUAGUGGCCGUACGACCUAUCGCAGCUGUCUGCCAUGGAGGUGACCGGAAUAGUUCAGCAUGUAAGGAAGUCACGGCGUCCUGGACGAACUCGACCUGGCGAGCGGCGCAGCCCGGUGCCGUACAAUGGGAAAACUGGGAGUCCUGGCCGGAGCAUAAUCAGACUUGCUACAUCGAGAGUCCACGAAACACACCAUGUGGACAGGGCCAGAUCUCCCUCUAUUCGACACUCUCCAAAUCAGCAUUUGAUAUCCAGGAGACGGUGAAGUUCGCAAAGCAACAUAACCUUCGUCUCGUGGUCAAGAACUCAGGGCAUGAUUUCCUGGGCCGUGCUUCCGCUCCAGGGUCACUGCAGAUCCUUACCAAUGGGAUGAAGGAUAUCAAGAUUGUGGACAAGUUCACCCCUGCUGGUGCACAAAAGGGUAAAGACAAAGGCCCUGCAGUUACAAUAGCCGCCGGUGUCAGUCUGCAGGAGUUGUACGCUGCUGUUGCCGCGAGGAAUAGAACCGUUGUUGCCGGAUCUUCUCACACGGUUGGUGCUGCAGGGGGGUAUAUUCAGGGUGGUGGACAUUCUACCCUGGGACCAUGGAAGGGGAUGGCUUCGGAUAAUGCCCUGGAGUUCACCAUUGUGACUGCUAAUGGAGAAAUAGUUGUGGCAAAUGAUUACCAGAACAAAGACCUAUUCUGGGCUCUUCGAGGCGGGGGUGGGGGUACCUUUGGGGUCGUUGUAAGCGUCACAGUACGCACAUUCGACGACGCACCCCUUAUUCUAACCAACCUCAACAUCACAACUUCAGUGGGGAACCCUCAGUACUGGGAUGCCGUGACAGCCUUCCACGCAUCUCUGCCAAGGAUAAACGACGCCAAAGGCGCCGGAUAUUACUGGAUGGUUCCAGAUAUUAAAAUAACAGAGAACACUAGCGUCUCAACAUUAACCCAAAUGUUCAUCUUCCCCAAUCAAACAGACACGGCACAGAUUGACCGUCUGUACGCCCCUCUUAUUUCGAGAUUGAACGGUACUGCUGGUGUAUACACCCAGUACGCCUCCUACCUAAUCCCGAGCGUCGGCUUCGUCUUUUCCAAUAUUUUCCUCACUGGCAACUCCGACCAAACAGGUGGCGUGAGCGUUUUAGGCUCAAGGCUCUUCUCUAGGGACCUUUUGUCAUCCAAUAAUGGCUCCAGAAAACUAACCUCCGCGCUGCGCUCCAUCCGCAUCGACCCCGGUUCAGCCAUUCUCGGCCAUCUCGUAGCUGGCGGCGCCGUAGCAGAUAACGCAGGCAAGGUAGACAGUGCGCUGAACCCUGCGUGGAGGAAAGCAAUCACUCACAUUGUUAUAUCCCGGGGCUGGGAACCAAACGCCACUUUGACUGAGCAGGAGGCCGUGAAAAAGAACCUUACUGAUGUGGAAGUGCCGAUCCUGAGAUCUGUUGAAGGAGCCGAUAAGAUGGGCGCUUAUUUAAACGAGGCGAAUCCAUAUGAGUCGGAGUUCCAGAGUUCGUUCUGGGGAGAGAAUUAUCAGCGUCUGUUGGAGGUCAAGAAGAAAUGGGAUCCUGAGACCCUGUUUGUUGUAAGGAGAGGUGUUGGAAGUGAGGAGUGGGAUGAAUGGGGACUUUGUCGGGUUGGGAAGUAG